UGGUGCUGCUGCUUGAUCUUGGUGAGCUCUUGCUUGGUUUCUCUCUCUCUGCGAAUUCUUCUUCUUGUAUUAAUUCAUUGAUUGCAUUCAAUAAUUUAUUCAAUAAUUUAUUGUGUGUUGCUUACUGUGCAAUGCAGGAGGUCCACUACAACCAGCAUGGCCUACUGAUGUUGGAAGGGAAAGGAAUCUAUCGUCUAAGUAACAAGUGGUACCCGGUUCAAGCCGGCGAUGCAAUUUGGAUGGCUCCCUUUGUACCACAAUGGUACGCUGCAUUAGGGAAGACAAGGACACGCUAUUUGCUGUACAAAGAUGUGAACCGUGAUCCACUUCUUCAUGUUUGAUGAAGGCAUAUGUGAUUGAGUCCAUUGGAAUGGUUCGAUGAGCCAUAGAGGGGACGAGCCAAAAUACGUCGUUGCGGCAUCAGUCACUCGAGGAGGAGCUCGGAGAAGAAGAAGAUCAAGACGAAGUUGCUGACAAUGAUGAUGACAACAAUAUUGCAACGGCUACCCAACCUACUAAAUCUUUGAGUGAAAUAGCAUAACUGAUGCCUUUAUAAGCAUGACAAAGAACAAACAGAAGCAGAAGCAGAAGAAGCAGAAGAAGAAGAAGAAGAAGAAGAAGAAGAGGUGUGGCUGGUGGAGAGAAAAGGGGGAGAUGAAAAUUGGAAGACUUUAUGAGGGGUGCAGCUGAGUUGUGGGUGAGGCGGAGAGGAGUCUGUAUAGCUCCGCUUCAGCUGUGCCAAUCUAUAAUAGACCUUACCUGACGGUGCAAGGUUCAAACUUCAGACCUGGUUUCAUGGUAGGGUGUGUAUUAUACUUUUUUUUUUUUUUUUUAUACUAUUAUCUAAUAUACACUAUGGCAGUGCUGAAAAAAAAAAUAAAAAAAAUGCUACGGU